AUGAUACUUCUCGAAGAUUCAGAUUUGUAUGCAGUUACUAAUUGUUUGAAGCUUAGAAGAGUUUUGUCCGAUUUAAGUAAAAUUUGGAUCCAAGAAUCAAUAGUACAGACGUUUAAAUGGCAUUUUCAGAAAUGUUUUGGAAGUUUGAAUAUUCCUAUUCAUAUAUUUCAAUCAAAGCAAGAAUUACUCGCAUUCAAUACAUUUAAAAGCAAUAUGAAUAUGACUGAAAUGAAUAUAGUGUCUAUAUGGUCAGAAGAUAUUGUAGCUGCAAAAACUUUAGCAGAAUCCUUAAAUCAAGAUGUUGUAUUUAUAAAUACACAUAUGGAUUUUUGUUCUGGUAUCAUAUUGCCAUAUAUAGAUAAAUAUGUCAAAUCAUUAGAUAAGUCUCUGAAUUUACAUCAAGUGGAUAAAUAUAUGUGUGUGAAUCCAAUAGAUCGAACAGCGCAUGAAGGUUUAAUAUAUGAUCUGUUUUAUAAUGGCAAGUGGCAAACUCCUACUAAUGAUACAUAUUGGAUACAUAACGAAAUUUUAUUGGCAAAUGCAACUUACGAAGAUAUCACAAAGUGCGCUAUUUCAGCUAUAGAUGGAUUCAAUACUUGGAGUACUAUGUCUGCUAAAUCUAGAAUGAAAAUAUUAUCUAAUUUUGUAAAUAUAUUAGAGUGCAAUGGCAAAUUUACAGUGAGCACAAUAAUAUUCUACUGGAUAAAAAUGUCAUAUAUUUGUGGAAGUAAAAAACAAUAUUAUCAGAAUGAAAGAUUUGAAGUAAUAAAAGCUCAUAAGCCACAAGUGAUAUGUGACCCAGAUUUAUGUACUCUGGCACCAUAUUGUGACAUGUUUAAAAUAUCUGGAAUUCCUCCGGGUGUUAUAAAUCUCUUGUCAAGUGAAAACACUAACUUUAGAUACGAUGUAAUUAAGGAUUCAACAGUAAGUAAAGUACAUAGCGAUCUUACUAUAAUCAAGCAUAUUAUAAUUUCUCGUAAAUAA